AAGGGUUGCGACGUCCCAGGAAUACACAUUCAUCACAUGAAGGAGAUCGAAGAACAAUAUCAGUUAUUGAAUCGUGAACGAUCACGUAUCAACGAAAAAUUAGCACAGGAGAUGGCAGAUGAACAACAAAUAAACCAAAAAUUAUUGAGGUUUUUGGACCUUGAUAAGCAAAUAGAAUGGAGGAUGUUGGAAAUUGAGAGUCUUCAACGUUGGGAUCCAGAUAAACUCAAGCUAAAUUUGCCAAUCAGUUCCGUAUCCAGAACAACCGGUGUUUAUUGUUUGACAGGAAAAGAUGCUCAAACACCUGUAAGGCCAGAUCUAAAACGUUGCCAGAAAAGGCUUGUCAAGAAAGAGAGGAUGGACAUCAAUUAUUUGAAAGAAGUUCAAGAAGAACAUAUAUGUUCAAUGAAAUCAAGUGAGAUACCAUAUUCUGGCACACAAGAACUUACCGAUAUGAUCGAGAGCAUGUUGCAAAGGAUCCAACAUGGGAACAAGAAACGCGCUGACGAAAUGAAAAUAUGUCAACAAUUAAGCAACUUCUUGGAGACAAAAGAAAGUUACAUUGCACCAGAAUCCCGCCCUCAUUGGUACACACUACAGCGAAGAUCAAAGCGAGAUACCAAUUAUGAGAGAUAUAGAUGGCAACAUAAACUAAGUAUUCGGUUGGACUACAUUGAGAUACUAAAGAGGGAACAAAUCGAACGUCAGGCAAGAGUUAAACAACUUAAAGCCAAGUUGCAAUAUGUUAGAAAGAAGAUCAAUUAUUUAAACAAGAAGCUUGAAAAUGUUGAUUCAAAGAUAUUUAAGGCCAAUAAACGUGCCAAUGAGCUUGGAGACAAUUUGUUAAUGCACUUUGGGUGAUAAGUGCAUGCCUUCCAAUUGUUAUAAGGGUCUUUAUUGUACUUGUCUUGAAACUUAGUCCAAGGUUUAUCCUUGGACAAUUUGUCCAAGUUUAUGUCUAGAACUUUUGUCAGGGGUUGUGUUUAGGAAAAAGUGAGGGUUUUUGUGUAGAUUGUUUUGUCCGGACUUCUAGUAUGUCUUAGAGCCCGUGGUUUGUCUUUUUUGGGCUUUGGGCCCUUGUCUCCGGACAAUGUGUUGUCCGGAGUUUGUCUUGUAUAUAUACCGUUAUGUGGAAUAGACAAGACGGCGAUUCUGUAUGAAA